AAAAACUUGAAAUAAAAGCGGCGCAGAAACAAACACACACAGCAAUUUGUAGAGAGAGAAACAUCCCCAGAGCGAGAAAGUGAAAGUGCCGUCAUUUUCCCGGAAAAUUGAUUGGAAACAGAUUCAGACUCACCCAAAGAUAGCGUCUUAACACAAAUUCUAACCGCGUUCUUUCAUUUCAUCACUCAAAUCGCACUUUCCACUUCUAAAUUCUCUUCUUUUUUCCCUCAUCUUCAACCAUUCUGUUAUCAUCAGCAUUACUGGAAGUUUAGAACUUGUUUUUUACUCGGUCAGUAUUAUUCUGUUGUCAAGAGAAAACAAAAAUGGCAUGAUGGAACAAUCAAGAUUCGACAAACAGCUUCAAUGCAAUACCAUGGAACCUAGAAAUGAGGAAAUCCAGCCUGGAUCUCAGUCAAUAAUGCAGGACUAUCUGGACAGCAUGUAUGCUAAUAAAUCAGACAUUAAACAAGUACGGAAUUAUUCAAUACAAACUGGUGAGGAAUUUUCUCUUGAAUUUAUGAGAGACAGGGCAAAUCUCACGAAGCCUGUAUUUUCAAAUGUCAGUGAUUCCAAUUCUACAACUAAUGGUAUGGAACCGAAAGGUGUUUUAGGCAUCAGUCAUGCAGGAUUUGAGAAUGGCUCUGGCGUUUCUAUGCUCCCAACGGUUGAUAGAGGCUUAACAGAGUUUAACAGACAGAGCACAUGGUUACAUGGAGACAGAAGCAAUUAUGGGUCAAUUCGAUCAACACCAAGAACUCUGUUGAAUCAAGACAGUGGUCAAUUUGGGCGAGGGUGUGGUUCUUAUGGUGGCUCGGAUUGCUCAUCAAGGAUGAUGAAGUGUCUUUGUAGCUUUGGUGGUAGAAUAUUACCAAGGCCAAGUGAUGGAAAACUAAGGUAUGUGGGUGGUCAGACACGUAUUCUUCGUCUGAGAAAAGACAUAUCUUGGCCGGAGCUUAGGCAGAGAGCAUUGUUAAUCUACAACCUGGUUCAUAUACUAAAGUAUCAACUUCCUGGGGAAGAUCUGGAUGCUUUGGUAUCUGUAUCAUCUGAUGAGGAUUUACAAAAUAUGAUGGAGGAGUAUAAUCUUAUAGAAGAUAGAGAUCCCCCACAAAAGCUUAGGAUUUUUUUGUUUUCAAUGAGUGAUUUAAAAGAUGCUCAGUUUGCUCUCAGCAGCAUUGGUGAUGAUUCUGAGUUCCAGUAUGUUGUUGCUGUUAAUGGCAUGGACUUGGGAUCAAGAAACAACUCAACCCCACUUGGUGUCAGCAUUUCAGCCAAUGGUAUACGUGAAUUUGACAAAAAAGCUAUUGAAAGGGAGACUAGUAAUGUUGCUGUAGAAUCUAUAGGUGUCAGGAAUGCGCCCUUGACUAACAAGUCUGACACUCCAUUGGCUACCAAGUCUCCACAGCAAGUAUUACCGACGUCUAUAGGUGUCCGGAAUGCUCCAUCAACUAACAAAUCUGACAUUCCAUUGGAUACCCGGUCUUCACAGCAAGUAUUACCGACAUCUAUAGGUGACAGGAGUGCUCACUUGACUAAUAAAUCUGACACUGCAUUGGAUGCCCACUCUUCGCAGCAAGUAUUACCGACGUCUAUAGGUGUUAGGAGUGCUCCCUUGACCAACAAAUCUGACACUCCAUUGGAUACCCAGUCUUCACAGCAAGUAUUACCGGCAUCUAUAGGUGUCAAGAAUGCUCCCUUGACUAACAAACCUGACACUCCAACGAAUACCCAGUCUUCACAGCAAGUAUUACCGAUGUCUAUAGGUGUCAGGAAUGCUCCCUUGACUAACAAAUCUGACACUCCAUUGCCUACCCAGUCUUCACAGCAAGUAUUACCGACAUCUCUAGGUGUCAGGAAUGCUCCCUUGACUAACAAAUCUGACACUCCAUUGGAUACCCAGUCGUCACAGCAAGUAUUACCGACGUCUCCAGAUGCUUAUGAAACUGAUCAGCUGACUAAUGGUGACCAAAUGACGCAAUCUGCAGAAAUGAGUCCUCAAUAUGCUGUUCACCAUGGCCUUCAUCCCUCUCAUAACCCUGUUGUUGGUGAGGCUUCUAUUUCUAUGGCUCCACAUCUUUUGAACAAUCAACCAGCUAUUCUGAAUGAAGACCAUCCACCUAGUGGAGUACAAAUUCAAAAAUCUGAACUAUCUACCUCACAGGUGGAAACUAUAAGGGAUAAUUCAGGAAAACAAGGGAGUGACCAUGGUAACAUUCUAUCCUUGGAAACCCCAGCCCCGUCUCCGUCACAGCCCUUUGAUGAUUACUUGAAAAAUAAUGGUCCUGAAGCAUCAACUGUAGUUAUGCCUGAGGGGCAUCUACCUUCGUCUCCUUGCACAAAAAAAGUUCCGCACCAUGAUUGUGAAGAGGCCUCUUGUACAUCUAGCAGUUCAGUUGUUCCUAAUUAUGUUGAUUCCCACUCCAAUGGAAUUGAUUUGAGUUGUCUUCAUCCUCCUCCAGUUCCUAAAAGAGUUUACUAUUCAGAAAGAGCUCCGAGGGAGCAAGUAGAGGUCCUGAACCGAUCCUCAAAGUCAGAUGAUGCGCACAGCUCGCAGUUUCACGCGUCAGAUUUGCUUUCCGAUAGCAAGCCAGAGGGUCCAGUAACAGAAUCUGGCAAAAACUUGCAUGAUGGUAAUCUGUUAGAUCCAGAUGAGAAACCAAGUAUUUCUGCAAAGCCCUUUCCCGCAGAUGACCGUACCGUUGACAAUGGGUUUGCCACCCAUCAAAUGAAUAAACUGUUGCUUGAUACAAACAGCGAGAUAAAGCCAAACCUAUCUGAGCACAUGGGUCCCAAGUUGAAGCAAGCCUUACUGAGUAACGAAGGAAUGAAAGACGUGGAAACUAAAGAUAACCAUACCAAGCCCUUGUUUGAUGAAACCGAAACUAAAUGUGGUAAAUCAGAUCUUCCUGCUCUUCAUCAUGUUUCCUCUGUUGAGCGCCUUGAUGUUAUAGCAUCUAAUCUUCCAGAGAUUGAUUGGGGUGAGGCCUAUGGGAAGGAAUCUAAUGAUAACCACAUGGUGCAAGAACAACCUGUUUCUUUAGCUGGGAACGUAACAAACGAUGUUUCUCCAGAUUUUCCCCCAAAUGUUUCCAAGCAAGUACAAGGUGACAUUCUAAUUGAUAUCGAUGAUCGAUUCCCCCGUGAAUUGCUUUCUGAUAUGUAUUCUAAAGCAAUACUCCAAGAAGACCCCCCCAGUCACCCACUACCCGCAGACGGAAUAGGCUAUAGUGUAAAUAUGGAAAAUCACGAACCUAAAAGUUGGUCAUACUUUGGAAAGCUGGCACAAGGGCUUGACAAUGUUUCUCUUAUUGAUCAAGAUCAUCUUGGUUUUUCGCAUCAUGCUACACGUCAAACAACUGAUAGAGUUCGUCUAGAUCAUGAGGAUUCCCACCUCAAUUUUGGUGAAGAAAAUCAGGACUUACAUAGAAGGAUUGGAGCAGAAACCCAUGUUCUGAAGUCCAAUUAUGAUCAAUCCCAACUUAAUGACACCAAAAGUAUGCAGUUCGACAAAAUGUUGGAGAAUGUAGGAGCACAAGAGUCUGGGUACAAGGAUGGGAAGUUUGCAACCAAAAACUGCAAUCUAUCUUCAGGAAAUUUUGAUAUCGGUUCAGUCCAGGUCAUUAAGAAUGAAGAUCUUGAAGAGUUGAGGGAACUAGGUUCUGGUACAUUUGGGACUGUGUAUCAUGGAAAAUGGAGAGGAUCAGAUGUUGCUAUCAAAAGAAUAAAGAAGAGCUGCUUCACCGGUCGAUCAUCUGAGCAAGAGAGACUGACUGCAGAGUUUUGGCGAGAAGCUGACAUUCUUUCGAAGCUUCAUCAUCCAAAUGUGGUCGCAUUUUACGGUGUAGUACAAGAUGGACCAGGAGGAACAAUGGCUACUGUUACAGAAUACAUGGUGGAUGGUUCUCUUAGGCAUGUAUUACUUCGCAAGGAUAGGUAUCUUGAUCUUCGUAAAAGGCUGAUUAUUGCAAUGGAUGCAGCUUUCGGAAUGGAAUAUUUACACUCAAAAAACAUUGUGCAUUUCGACUUAAAAUGCGACAAUUUGCUUGUGAACUUGAAAGAUCCUUUACGGCCAAUAUGCAAGGUUGGUGAUUUUGGCUUGUCAAAAAUUAAACGAAAUACCUUAGUUACUGGUGGUGUACGGGGAACUCUACCUUGGAUGGCACCAGAGCUGCUUAAUGGAAGCAGCAACAAGGUCUCAGAAAAGGUUGAUGUCUUCUCCUUUGGCAUACUUUUAUGGGAAAUUUUAACUGGUGAGGAGCCAUAUGCCAAUAUGCACUAUGGUGCAAUUAUAGGUGGGAUUGUAAAUAACACAUUGCGGCCAGCCAUUCCAAGCCACUGUGAUCUCGAAUGGAGAACACUGAUGGAGCAAUGUUGGGCACCGAAUCCUGUAGCCAGGCCUUCCUUCACAGAAAUUGCAAGUCGCUUGCGCAUAAUGUCCGCAGCAGCUAGUCAAACUAAGCCACAGGGAAACAAGCCAUCUAAAUGAGUCAGAGAUAGCAUUAUUAUUGCUAUUCAUGAUUUCAAAUUUAAUUUAUUUAAUGGUACUCCAGGGAAGUUGUAGCAGGGUUGGUGCUAACCUUUAGGUUUUGAAUUUUUCUUUCUUUCAAAUAGAUUAGAUUAGAUAUAUACAUAAUAAUCUAAUACUAUGCCAGACAAAGAACUUGUUGUAUACCAAUGCUUCAAUACAAGUGCAAAAUCGUCAUUUUCGUGGCUGCUUA